CAUUCUAACAUAUUCUUCUUUUUCUUCCAGGUAUCAGCGCGCGGUUCACCCUCAACACACACGCCGCGAAUCGGCUGGUGUUCAGAAGCGACUGGAUCUCAGAGGCCGGACAUAACCAAGUGCUGUUGAGAGGUGCUUGCUGAGUGUGCUGAGUCGUGCUGAGCCAGGUGUGUGAGGCUGGUCCCCGCUGAGGCUGCGUCGGUGGAGUGUUUCAGCAGCGCAGCGCAGCACCAGCGGAGGGAGCAGCGCCGGGAGGGAGGGGAGGCGGGGCGUGGGCGCGGCGUGGGCACGGGGCGGCGAGGUAUAAAGGGUUGUCUUGUCAGGUCUCGCAGCAACAGUAGCAGUGCAGCCGCCGCCAUGGAGAACGCAACGUUGGACUUCGUGCCGCUCAACUGCUCCUUCCUGUCGCUGCUGGAGGAGGCGAACUACAGCGAGGCGUCGGACGUCAACUGUACCCUCAGCCUGUUUGACGGCGGCGAGGGGCGCAUGAGCACGGCGGCGGUGGUGGUGACGCAGCUGUUCUACGCCCUCACCUGCCUCGUGGGCCUGUGCGGCAACACGCUCGUCAUCUACGUGGUCACCAGGUUCUCCAAGAUGCAGACAGUCACCAACCUCUACAUUCUCAACCUGGCCAUCGCCGACGAGCUCUUCGUCAUCGGCAUUCCCUUCCUCAUGACCACGUCGCUGCUCGGUCACUGGCCCUUCGGCUCCCGGAUGUGCAAGCUGUACAUGGUCACCACCUCGCUCAACCAGUUCACCAGCUCGCUCUUCCUCACCAUCAUGAGCGCCGACCGCUACAUCGCCGUGUGUCACCCCAUCAGCUCGCCCAAGUUCCGCACGCCCAUGAUCUCCAAACUGGUGUCGCUCACGGCCUGGACGCUCUCCGCCCUCAUGAUUGUGCCGGUCUUCAUGUACUCCAACACCCUCGAGGACAAGGGCCGCGACAACUGCAACAUUUUCUGGCCCGAGAGUGACGGCGUGCGCGGCGAGAUCGCCUUCAUCCGCUACUCCUUCGCCCUGGCCUUCGGCAUCCCGCUGUGUCUCAUCUUCGUGUUCUACAGUCUUGUGCUGCACAAGCUGAAGACCGUCGGCCCCAAGACCAAGUCCAAGGAGAAGAAGAAGUCCCGGCAGAAGGUGACGCGCCUGGUGCUGACGGUGAUCACGGUGUACGUACUGUGCUGGCUGCCCUACUGGGUGAUGCAGCUUACGCUCAUCCUCAGCCCGCCCAAGGUGGGUCACAGCAACUUCAAGCUGGUGCUGUACAUGAUCUCCUCCUGCCUCUCCUACAUCAACUCGGCGCUCAACCCCAUCCUGUACGCCUUCCUCAGCGACAACUUCAAGAAGAGCUUCAUGAAGGCGUGCACGUGUGCCGCCCGCCGGGACGUCAACAACGCCCUCAAGCCGGAAAACUCCAUGUUCGCUGUGCGCUACCGCGGCACCUCCGUGCGCUCCCGCCUCACCGGCAAAGACCGGGAGUCCGCCGAGGGCACCACCUCCCAGUGCGGCCUCAGCAAGGAGCCCUCGACGGCCGUCACCACCACCAUCACCUCGGCCAAGCCCAGCCAGAACUCCAGCGAGGCCGAUGACCACUCCGUCAGGAACGGCCGCUCGCCCGGCCCCCGCCUCCCCGACCUCCUGCAGUGAGCGGCGGCACCCACACAAGCCGCUGCGUGCCGGGAUCACCCGUCCCCAGCCCCCUUGUGACGUGCGGCGCCAAACUUUGUACACGUGAAGUCUCCCCAACCCUCCUCCCCACCCCGGCCAAGCAGUGACACGUGCCACCUCCA